UUUGUAUAAGGCUAUCAAACGGAGUCAGAGAGGAGGCUGUGGCCCGGAUCCUGACCCUGAUUGUAUGAAUAAGUAAGCAGGAUGCCAGUGAUUGGGUUAGAUGCUGCGAAGAUUUUUUUUUUUUUUUCAAGUUAGGAAGAGGGUAAAAAGACAGCCUGGAGCAGGGGGGUGGGGGAGAGGCGCUCCAAAUCCUCACACCCCUUUGCUCUCCCGGCAGUCGGGGGAGCUUCCCUGGCCUCUGUAGGCUUUUAAGAUCUGGCGGCGUAGAAAUGCCUGCCCCCCACCCCCUUCCUCGGUCUCCCCUUUCAGUUCAGAUGUGCUGAUGUGCAGACCGGAUUCAUCUUCCCCGAGCGGCGGCAGCGACGGCGGCGGAGGGCGCAGGAGGCUGCAGCUCGCGCUCGGCCGCGGGGUCCUGACAGCGGCGGGGGCGCGGCGCGGGAGCCGGAGCUCGGGUGGCGGCUGAGCCCGCCGUGCGCCUCUCGCCCCUGCCGGCCGCGAUCCCGGGCGGGAAGUUCCGCCGCUGGAAGGACGACCUGGACCGAGCCGGGUUGGCUGUGGCUGCCCCGGGGCCGAGCUCCUCACCUGCCCUCCGCCCACCCGCGGGCCGCUUGCCAAGUUUCCCAGCACCCGGGGGAGCCAGGCAGCGCUUGCCCUCUGUAGCGUCCCGAAGACACCCGCAAGUCUCAGGACACUUGAACACCCAGGGCUUUCCGAGAAGUCUCCCAGUGAGGAGAAGAGCACUGUCCCUUGAGCCCCGCAUAUCCACGCGGCUCUCCUGGUCUGAUCCCCUCCUUUUUCUCUGGGGGAGGAGGAUGGGUUUGCAAGCUCUCUCCCCGAGGAUGCUCCUGUGGUUGGUGGUCUCGGGUAUUGUUUUCUCCCGGGAGCUGUGGGUCUGCUUUGGCCUCGAUUACGAUUACACAUUUGAUGGGAAUGAAGAGGACAAAACGGAGCCUAUAGAUUACAAGGACCCGUGCAAAGCCGCUGUGUUUUGGGGUGACAUCGCCUUAGAUGAUGAAGACUUAAAUAUCUUUCAAAUAGACCGGACAAUUGACCUGACUCAAAGUCCCUUUGGGAAACUUGGGCAUACCACAGGUGGCUUUGGAGAUCAUGGCAUGCCAAAAAAAAGAGGAGCACUCUACCAACUUAUAGACAGGAUCAGAAGAAUUGGCUCUGGCAUAGAGCAAAAUAACACCACUAAAGGAAAAGCACCUCCAAAAUUAUCAGAGCAAAAUGAGAAAUAUCGAGUUCCCAGAGCUGCUACAUCAAGGACGGAGAGAAUAUGGCCUGGGGGCGUCAUUCCUUAUGUCAUAGGAGGCAACUUUACUGGCAGCCAGAGAGCCAUGUUCAAGCAGGCCAUGAGACACUGGGAAAAGCACACGUGUGUGACUUUCACUGAGAGAAGUGAAGAAGAGAGUUACAUUGUUUUCACCUAUAGGCCUUGUGGAUGCUGCUCUUAUGUUGGUCGGCGGGGGAAUGGCCCUCAGGCCAUUUCUAUUGGGAAGAACUGUGACAAGUUUGGAAUUGUUGUUCACGAACUGGGCCAUGUGAUAGGCUUCUGGCAUGAACACACCCGCCCAGACCGAGACAACCAUGUCACCAUCAUAAGGGAGAACAUCCAGCCAGGUCAAGAGUAUAACUUUCUGAAGAUGGAGCCUGGAGAAGUGAACUCCCUUGGAGAGAGAUACGAUUUUGACAGUAUUAUGCACUACGCCAGGAACACCUUCUCAAGAGGGAUGUUUCUGGACACAAUACUACCUUCCCGUGAUGAUAAUGGCAUCCGUCCUGCAAUUGGCCAACGGACCCGGUUAAGCAAAGGAGACAUUGCACAAGCACGAAAGCUGUAUCGAUGUCCAGCAUGUGGAGAAACCCUACAAGAAUCCAGUGGCAACCUUUCUUCCCCAGGAUUCCCAAAUGGCUACCCUUCUUAUACACACUGCAUCUGGAGAGUGUCUGUGACCCCAGGAGAAAAGAUUGUGUUAAAUUUUACCACGAUGGAUCUAUACAAGAGUAGUUUGUGCUGGUAUGACUACAUUGAAGUAAGAGAUGGCUACUGGAGGAAGUCCCCUCUCCUUGGUAGAUUCUGUGGGGACAAAGUGGCUGGAGUUCUUACAUCUACAGACAGCAGAAUGUGGAUCGAGUUUCGUAGCAGCAGUAACUGGGUAGGAAAAGGGUUUGCAGCUAUCUAUGAAGCAAUUUGUGGAGGUGAGAUACGGAAAAACGAAGGACAGAUCCAGUCUCCCAAUUAUCCAGACGACUACCGACCAAUGAAAGAGUGUGUGUGGAAAAUAAUGGUGUCUGAGGGCUACCAUGUUGGACUGACCUUUCAGGCCUUUGAGAUUGAAAGACACGACAGCUGUGCCUACGACCACCUGGAAAUUCGGGAUGGAACCAGUGAAAACAGUCCUUUGAUAGGACGGUUCUGUGGUUAUGACAAGCCUGAUGACAUAAGAUCUACUUCCAAUACUCUAUGGAUGAAGUUUGUUUCUGAUGGGACUGUGAACAAGGCAGGGUUUGCCGCUAACUUUUUUAAAGAAGAAGAUGAGUGUGCCAAGCCUGAUCGAGGAGGCUGUGAACAGAGGUGUCUUAACACACUGGGCAGCUACCAGUGUGCCUGUGAGCCUGGCUAUGAGCUGGGGCCAGACAGAAGAAGCUGUGAAGCUGCUUGUGGAGGACUCCUUACAAAGCUCAAUGGCACCAUAACCACUCCUGGCUGGCCCAAAGAAUACCCCCCAAACAAAAACUGUGUGUGGCAAGUGAUUGCACCAAGCCAGUACAGAAUCUCUGUGAAGUUUGAGGUUUUUGAAUUGGAAGGAAAUGAAGUUUGCAAAUAUGAUUAUGUGGAGGUUUGGAGUGGCCUUUCGUCUGAGUCUAAGCUGCAUGGCAAAUUCUGUGGAGCUGACGUACCUGAAGUGAUCACAUCCCACUUCAACAACAUGAGGAUCGAAUUCAAGUCGGACAACACGGUAUCCAAAAAAGGCUUCAAGGCACAUUUUUUCUCAGAUAAGGAUGAAUGCUCAAAGGAUAAUGGUGGCUGUCAACACGAGUGUGUCAACACAAUGGGAAGCUACAUGUGUCAGUGCCGGAAUGGAUUUGUGUUGCACGAGAACAAACAUGAUUGCAAAGAAGCCGGGUGUGAACAGAAGAUCCACAGCCCAAGUGGCCUCAUCACCAGUCCCAACUGGCCAGACAAGUAUCCAAGCAGGAAGGCGUGCGCAUGGGCGAUCAGUGCCAUUCCUGGCCACCGCAUCAAAUUAGCCUUCAAUGAGUUUGAAGUUGAGCAACAUCAGGAAUGUGCAUAUGAUCACUUGGAAGUUUUUGAUGGAGAAACAGAGAAGUCACCAAUCCUUGGCCGACUAUGUGGCAGCAAGAUUCCAGAUCCUCUCAUGGCUACUGGGAAUCAAAUGUUUAUUCGGUUUAUUUCUGAUGCCUCUGUUCAGAGGAAAGGCUUUCAAGCCACGCAUUCCACAGAGUGCGGUGGUCGAUUGAAAGCAGAGCCCAAGCCCAGAGACCUGUACUCCCAUGCUCAGUUUGGUGACAAUAACUACCCAGGACAAGUGGACUGUGAGUGGCUGUUAGUGUCAGAACGAGGCUCUCGACUGGAAUUGUCCUUCCAGACUUUCGAAGUAGAAGAAGAAGCUGACUGUGGCUAUGACUAUGUUGAGAUCUUUGAUGGUCUCAAUUCAAAAGCCAUGGGUCUUGGUAGAUUCUGUGGAUCUGGCCCACCAGAAGAAAUCUAUUCAAUUGGAGAUGCAGUUUUAGUUCAUUUUCAUACUGAUGAUACUAUCAACAAAAAAGGAUUUUAUAUAAGAUACAAAAGUAUAAGGUACCCAGAAACUAUGCAUGCUGAGAACUAAUGCUGACCCUCCCUCAGAGCAUAAAGGAACAUGAUGUGGAAAGAAGACAUUUUUAAAAUUGAAAAUAUUAGUACAAAUGUUUUGUAUAAUGAGUUUGAAUAAAAGAGAACUGCAAGAUUAAAGUUAUCUCUGAAAUGAAAGAGAACUAAAACCUGAUUAGCAUUGCAAGGAUGUUUGAAAGUCAUGCUUGAAGAUCAAUAAACACGGUGGAAGGCUACCACAUGCUUCAAGGAAGAGUAACAGCUUGAGAUAGAUGCCUCACUCUUCGGACAGUUCAUUCCAGGGGCUGUGCUUCUCUGGAGUGAUUUCUUGACUACUUUUUCAAGAUCUGGGGACAUAAAAUGACCAGACAGAUCAUAAUGUGGAAACAUACUUCUUGGGUUUUUUCAUGUUGGCUUAGUCUUUGUAGGUCAGACACAGCGUGAACCAACUCCAUGUAAGGUGAUGUGGAAUAGUGGUCUUUGGAAAGUGAUUCAUCAUAUAAACAUAGAUGUGUGCUUGUGUGUGUGUGUGUGUGUGUGUGUGUGUGUGUGUUUGUGUGUGUGUUUGGAAACUGGAAUAUUUCAUCUUUAUUAUUCUAAUGCAGGCCAGCUUAACCUCCUCACACAAAUAAUUUUGUGACCACUUCAUUGUAUCUAUACCUUGGAAAAUAUCUAUACUGUCUGCAAUGAAGUUAAUCCCAAUCAUGUUUAAUUACUGGAUAAUACCCAGUUCAUUAGUAAACUCAUUUCUCUCUGUGAAAGUGCUGAAUAGUCACACUAAAUUCAAGAAAUCCAUCACGUCUUUAUGAAUCUUUAAGAUAAUCCCAACAUGUGUGCAGCCUUCUUCCAAAUGACUGCUGGAUAGUUCUCUCUCCAGUUACUACUACUGCUGCUAUGGUCUUGUUUUAUUGUUAAUGUGUUGAUGUGUUACUGUUAUGGUUAUUGUUAUUGAUGUGUUACUAUAUUUAAAACUGAUGAGAUGAAGUGGAAGUAGAGUUUGGGAGACAUGAAAUCUCUCUUUUUGUUCUCUUCUUGAAUUCAGUUCAAAAAAUACAAUAUUGGGUGGCAAAUGAUUUGUUUCUGAAAUAUUUCCUAUGGUGCUAUUCCAUAAACAUUAAAUCAGUAACAAUGACAAGUUUCUGAGCUUUGAGCCAAAUGCCUGUAGACUAUGAAUGCUUCCCUAUAUGUGGCUGGCUAAUAAGACUAAAGACUUGUUAAAUAUUUCAAGAGUGUAUCAUGGCAAGGGCAAAGUUUGCCCUGUGGAGCAAAUACUUCCAAUGCCUUAGAAUUCUGCACACACUCAAACCAAUCUGAAAGACAUGCCUCUUGCAAUUUGACCAUCUUAGUAACACGUGUAAAUCAAGAACUCCAAGAGGAAAAUCCACUUCCAUAACAAAGACAUUGGAUGCAUACAGAAACAUAUACAUGUGUACAUCCCAAUAUGCUUCUGUGUAGAAAUGUAAUUUUAGAACAAACCUUUGCUUUAUAGCCGUGUCCAUUUCUAAUAUUAAGGUAUUUAUAUGUGAGACUCCAAAUGAGAGUGUCUGCUAAAAGGUGAAGAGCUACGGGUGGUUGACAGGUUUAGUUCUUUGUGCCAGGUCGUCCUAGAACUGUGUUUGAAGUAGUGCCCCACUGAAGCUUCAUGGACAUAAAAUGGAGAAUUCUAAUUAUCAUCAGUCCCAUAAAAAAAAAGGUUCUUUCCCUUAGAAAAACUACUUUGAAUUUUUUAUGUUGUUGUGAGUUAUUGUGCAAAGGAGCUUUUUUCUCUUAAUUGUCCAUGAAUACUCAUUGUCUGAAAAAUAUGGGGUAUAUGUCUUUAUUUUUACAAAAUUAAACUCUACAUCUAGAUAACAAUUUCUUCCUUUUCUCUUUUUUCCUUUGAUCAUUCUUCUUAUACUUAUGACUUGUAAAGUGUAAAUACAGUUUUUGAACCAAUGUUUGGAUCUCAUUGAAUGUUGCAUUGAAAAUAUGUAUGUGUUAGCUGUAAUGUAGAUGCACCAGUGAGUGAAAAUGAUUUGUUCCAGGAACUUCUUUCAUUUUUUAUCACUCAUCUCCACAUAACCAAGAUACAACUCUCUCCCCCGCUCUGUGGGGAAAGAAAAAAAAAAAGGCAUCCACCCUGAAAGUGUUCUGCACUGCUCCAGGCUGUGCGUAGUCAGGAGCUAGCUCCUAAACUCCAUGCAUCCCACUCUUCAGUAAGUUCUGUGUUAAACCAUGUAGUGAAGAAAAUGAGACCUAGAGAUACUAUAUCACUUCUCAGGGUAACAGAGAAAGUUAAGUGUAGAAACUCAGUCUGUGUGCUAUCAAAAAGUGUGCUUACUCUACAAUAUGCAGUAUAUUUCACCACUGUGCACUUGAGCAGGAGAAUUUUUAAGUGAUCAUAAGGUUCUACACAGAUAAAUUGCAGGUAUGAGCCACAGACGGUUAUUAGUUUGUAGAUAAGAUUUUCCUUUCAAAAGCAGCAUGAAGAUUACAAUGUCAACUACACAUAAUGAGCCACAGACAGUUAUUAGUUUGUAGAUAAGAUUUUCCUUUCAAAAGCAGCAUGAAGAUUACAAUGUCAACUACACAUAAAAGUCCUUACGCAUCAAAAUAGUACUGAAAACAAAAACGACCCUAACCCUACAUGAACUUUUUAUGAAAAUUAAUGUAUUAAAUUAUGUUAAGUAUCAUGGUGGGGAGGCACCGCUAUUUUCAGAACUAGCUCAGACACUCCAGUUGAUGUUCGCCUAGGCCAUGAGCACUAACCUUGAGACAACGAGGAAAUUACAGAGACUAUGUAAAUGUGUGUUGUCAUAACUUUAGAUCAUCGUUGUACAUAUUAUUUUUAUUGUGUUUUAUUUCAGAAAUUAGACAAUACAACAUAUUUUCAAAGUAAUUCAACAUUUGCCUUAAAUGUGUUGUUAAAUGAAAACAGAGACACCAUCAUUGUUUUUUCAUAAGCAUUAUUUCCCUAGGCAUUUUAUUAAAUUAAUUUUGUAAAUUAUUUUAUACCUCUAUAAUAUGUCAGUUGUACUCUGUAUUUGCCAAGUUUCUGAAUACCUUGUAAUUCUUGCUGUACACAUAACAAAACUACCUUUUCUGUAUUAUUUCACAAUAAGUAUAUUAGAAAGAGAAAUCUAAUUUACUAAGGAGACCAUGAGUUCAAGUAAUUGCACAAGACAAGAUUUUGGAAGAAAUAGGUGAGGGCUGAGAGGAUCACUCAGCAGGAAGCAUUGCUCGACACCAAACCUGAAGAUGUACAUUGGCUUCAACAAGGAAGGAGGGGAUUCAUGACUCCUGAAGGUUGUCCUCUAACCACAUGUAUAGACUUCUGCAUGGGUGCACAUAUGUGAGGAGGUUAAGUUGGCCUGCAUUUGAAAAUAAUGAAGACUAAAUAUUCCAGUUCCCCAAAACACACACACUCACAAAUAUUUAUACAACUUAUAAAGCAAUAUAUAGAUGAGAACCAGGAAUUCUGUAUCCAUACCUCUACUGACUGACUUUGUGCUUUCAUGGACUAAUGUUAAUGUAGCCUGCUGUCCCAUUCAAACUUUGUUCAUGUUUGUUCCUCGAAUAUCCUAUUCUGUUUUAUUUGUGAGAUAUUUUAUAGUAAACUUCAAAUUUCAAUAUUUUUGCUAUGUAGAAUUCUCUAUGGUAUCUAAUAAUUUUAUUUUUUCAUGAAGUUAAAAUUUACUUUUAAAAGCCAUACAAAUUUUAUUUUUUAUUUAUUAAACUACAUCUAUACUUUGUAUUAAAAUAAGUUUGUACUAAGAAGAAUUAUGAAAAUAAUUAGAAGCUUAAUGAUGGUGACUUGAAUUUUUGAAAAUGUUUGAUUAAGAUAGCAUGGGUGGGGGAAAGGUAGGAAAAUGUAUUCCUCUCUAAAUAUUUAUGAACUAAAUGGUGGGGAAUUCUUCUAUUUUACCAGAGCAAAUAUAUAACAUAA